AUGAUCAUCGUAUUGGUGUCUACCAGGCCACAACUCCAUUCUCCUAUGUACUUCUUCAUCCAGCAAUUGUCAUGCACUGAAAUUAUGUUCAUGAGUGUUACUGUUCCAAACAUGAUACGUGCUAUAUGGUUGGAAGGAGCCACUGUCUCUGUCAUAGGUUGUAUAGCACAGACUUAUAUUUAUUGUGGUAUAGGGACAACAGAAUGUCACCUCCUUGCAGUCAUGUCCUAUGACCGAUACCUGGCCAUAUGCCACCCUCUGCAUUAUAACACCAUCAUGAGCAACAAACUACAAAAUUCCUUGGUUAUCUAUUGUUGGGUGUUUGGUUUACUCGCCACACAGGUUAAUCUUAGUUUUGUAUGCCAACUUGAGUUCUGUGGGCCACACGUCAUUGACCACUUCUUCUGUGACCUUGUUCCUUUUGUUAAACUGUCAUGUCCGCACACUCAUGCCCUACAGCUGGCGUUCUUUAUUGUUGCUGUCCCAAUAAUGGUCAUCCCAUUUAUCUUAAUUUUUAUUAGUUACAUCUGUGUAUUCAUAACAAUUCUCGGGAUCUCCUCAACCACUGGUAGGAAGAAAACCUUCUCCACCUGCAGCUCCCACCUCUCCGUUGUGACUGUAUUCUAUGGAACCUUGAUCACUAUUUACUUGGUUCCAGCUAGCGGACGAUCUUUGACUGUAAACAAGUUUACUGCCCUUUUGUACAUUGUAAUAACUCCCCUGUUUAAUCCAUUCAUUUACAGUUUGAGGAGUAAAUAA